AUGGUUCCGAGCCUGGAUGCCCUCAGUGCAGAGGAGCAAAAUGGUAAGUUCGAAUUCAAGAGCCCGCUGAUUCGUGCAUCGCAUAUCCCGAGGGGGAUCAUUGCCUCCAAGGCAGCGGAGCUCGCCGGCUUGUCGCCGCCCGAGGCCGAGCAGGGGACCAUUGGACCAUGCCAUUUUCAUUUGCAGGGCGGUGCUUGGGCCAUCUUGAAGGGGCCCGAGGGGCGUUGCGCUGGCCUUCAGUCCGCGCGCCGGGCGGCGCAAAGGGCCCUGGAAGCGCAGAAGGCGCAGGUGGCCGAGGCCGCCAAGGAGGUGAUCUUGCAGCCACCACCACUGCUGCCCAGACAGCAGCAGCGCAGCUGGGCUUGCCGCCGGAGCGCCGAGUCGGCGGCCCCGCGGUGGUUGGUGGUUGGGGCGGGCUUGGCGCAGGAAGAACUGCCACGAAGGGAGGAAUCCGCGGUGCCAAAACCUUGGCAGGAGCAAUCCGCAGAGCUGGCCGUUCAAGCAGCAGUCACUGGCGCUUUUGCAGUACCCUGGCUGUUGCCGAUGGCUGCGAUCUCCGCCGGAAAGACUUCGCUCGAGGCGGCCCAAGAGGACCUGGCCGCCGUUAGCUGCGGCGAGGCUGCCGCCAGGUUACAACUGGGAGGGGAAAUACGUGGUGAAGAUUUGGCCAAGGCGCCGGUCGAGGCCGCCCAAGCGGCGGAAGCCGCAGCGCGGGCGGCGGGGGCGGAAGAGCCGAUGGAAGAAGCGGAGGAUGCUUCAGCGGCGAAUUGGGGAAGAGGCCAAGGCUGUGGCUUUGGGCGCUGCAGCCGCACAGCGCGCCCAGGAGACACUCGGAGACACGUGUUGCGGACGAAGAGUUGGGGUGAGAUAAGGGUGAACUUCCAGAGGGAGGAGAGGAAGUUUGCUGGAUUGGCCACGGCCUUGAUUUGCAAGGGUCCCAAGGAAGUGUGUAUUCAACUUCCACAAGAAGUGGCCGCCCAAGCGGCGCAAGAGGCGGCGGUGGCUGAAGGAAUGGACCCACAACAGGCCGCCCAGCUCUCCGCUUUGGCGGCGGGGCAGGCCGCAGCCGAAGUGGCGCAGAUCACUCGAGAUCCCGUGCGAGACGCUGCGGUGGAGGCCAGCCGUGCGGUCACCAGGCGGCACGGUGCGGUCGAACGAAGCAGGUCCGGGGAGGCAACGAAGACCGCUGAAGUAGCCCAGCUGCCCAAAGAGCAAGUGGGUGAAGCAGCCAAAGAGGCAGCCAGCAAUGCGGCUGUGGAAGCCGCCAUUGCUGCAGGUGUCUCGGCUGAGAAGGCCGCGGAAGAAGCGGGCAAGGCACGCCAGUCCAAUGGCCCCAUGAAGCCGACGAAAGCGGAAGCGGGCUUCUUCGUGGGCAACUCUGCGGUGGCUGAGGCAGCUCGCCAAGUGGGCCUUUCCGAGCAGGACGCUGGCCGCCUAGCUGCAGCUGCUGCUGGGCAGGCUGCGCAGAGCAUGGCCGGCAACAGCGCGGUGGCCGCUGCAGCCGCGGCGGCCGCUGGGGCGGCGGCCGGACUGAAGCAGGCGGCCUUGUUGGCCGGCAAGGCAGCGCAACGCGCGGCGCUGGCGCAGGGCUUGGUCGCUGAGAAGGCAGCCAUGGAAGCAGCUCAGGCCGCGGCGAAAGCCACGGGAAUGUCCGGUGCGGCGGCUGGAGAGGCAGCUGCAUUGAGCGCUGGAGAGGCAGCGGCUGAGGCGGCGGAAGCUGCAGGACUCACGCCUUGGGGUGUGGCCUCGAUGGCCGGUGAGGCCGCAGCCCACGCGGCCCAAGCGCAAGGCCUGGCUUUGAGCGAGGAGCGCGCCCCACUGGCCGCCCAGGCAGCCGCAGCAGCCCUGGUGGUACGGCUGGCGGCCACUGGACUCGCACCGCCGCGCGUGGCCGAGGAGGCUGCGAAGGUGGCGCAGCAGGCCGCCGAGCACUGCGGGGUCAGCGCCAAGCGUCAAGCAGAGCUGGCAGCCGCUGAGGCCGGAAAGGCUGCUGCGGAGGCCGUCCGCUGUGCGCCCACCGAGCCACUUCCGCCCACCGUGGAGACCAAGCUGGGCCAGGCGAAAAGUGCUCAGGAGAAGCUGGGAGACUUGGUGAAGCGCUUGAAAGGUGAAGCCGAUCCAGCUCGCCAGAAGGAAUUGGAACUGCAAGAAGUGCUCAAAGCCAAGGAACGUGCUGAGACGCUUCUGAAGGCCUUGAAGGUGGAGAAAGGACUUUUGGAGGAACAGCUGGGCACCGCGCGGACUGAAGCCCGGAUGGCCAAGGAGGAAGCGAUUCAAGCCAAAGAACGGGCUGCGGAAGCGAUGGCAACAGCUCGAAAAGCUGAAGUUCAGAUGCAGACGAUCAAGACGAAGGCGGAAGAGGAGGUGAAAGCCGCAAAGAGCAGCUUGGAGAAGGCCCAAGAAGAGCAAAAAGCUGCCACAGAUGCUGCCAAGAAGGCGGAGGAAGCCAAGCUGAAGGCCGAGCGAAGCGUCGAGGAGCUGAAGCAAAAGGCACUGUCGGACAAGGACGCCACGGCGCAAGGCCUCCAAAAGAAGUUGGACGACGCCUUGCGGGCCAAGGCCGCUGCUGAAGCUUCGGUCAAGGAGAUGCAGUCGUCGCACAGCGAGGAGCGCCAAAAGGCACUGCGGGAGGCAGAAGAGAAGGCCAAGGCACAGCGAGCGGCGGAGGAGGAACGCUCCAAGAAGAAGGACCUGGAGUUGAAGUCCUUGAGAGAGGACCUCGAACAGCUGCGCAAUCAGCUGAAGGACCGCGACAAGCAGCUGAGGGCCGUGACGGAGCAGGUGGCCACCAUCAACAACAGCUGGGCACAACACGUUGAAGCGUUGCAUGAGAAGUAUCAGGCCACGUGA